CGUCACCUGCUUGAUGCUCUGACGUGAACUAUGCAUAAAAAUUGUGUCACGACGUCUUCCUAUUCGCGCUGGGAUGGGUUAGGCGAUGAAUGCUUCUCUUCAAUCCCAUUAGACAACAAUUAAAUUAUUAUCUACUUAACUUCUCAGAUUAAAACUAAUCAUUAAACACCCAAACGAAAAUGGUUUCAAACUGGGAAGAAAGAAGGAUAUAUAUAUUUAGUGGUAAUUGAUCCAGCAAGGCAGAAUUAACAUGUUCGUCACCAUCAGGAUUUGAUGCUAUUCGCUUAAGUCACUAUUGAUUUUGGGUUUAGGUCAACCAAUCUGAGUAUCUCUUUAAUUUUGUUCCUUAAGAACUAGUAUACAUAGUGAUUUUUUAAAGGCUAUGGGCUAAUUUGGGUUACGAUUCAAUACGAUACACAUAUGAAAUCACCCUCUAGAUUGAUGACAUUAUCUAACACUUUAUCGUACGAAGUUCUAGCUUAACAGAAGGUUGAGAUUAUCAAUUAAUCUGAUUUACAUUUUAGAGGAUUUUUCAAUUUCACAAAUCACAUGUGGAUAGUUGGAGCUAAGAAUUUUCCUUUUUUAGUUCUCCUAAUAUUCUUAAUUGGAUCGUAUUUCUUAAUUUCAUCUCUAAAUUCAAAUACUUUUGUGUAGAAAUAUCUAAUUCUACGUAAUCUACACAAUGAGAUUCAUUUUAAUAUAUGUUGAAAUAAAAAUUUACAAAGACAGGGACAUAAUCAUAUAUAUGAGUCAAGAUUCUAUUCCACAUAGUGACCAAUUUUUUUAUGGAAAAAUAAUUGAUUAAUCUCAAUUAAAGUGGAAGCAGAACAGAUAAAGUUCUACAAAAAAUUAGUUGGUAGCCGAGAUACAAUAUGGGCAUCCGCCCCCUUAGCUAUAGCAAAGCUAAAUCAGGUAAAAAUAUACGCGGUCGUCCGAGCCACUGCAUCCUGAGACACGGAGAAUAUCUAGAUCCGUUUGAGCAAAGUCACGACAUUCGUAUCCAACUCUCCUAGCAAAAAAAUUAUUAAUAUAAUAAAAGGGCAGAAAACCAUAAUCAGCCGCCGUACACAAGUCUCGAUACUUCGCACACUUUCAUGAAAAAAUUAUAUCAUAUGUCAUUCGAAAUUUAAGAAAAAACAUAAAAUAAAAACAAAUCCAAAGGCAAAUUUGUGGGAAAACAAUUUUCAAUUUUUGAAUAAAAAUCGAAAGACCACAUGGAGUCACGGACCCUGUAUAAACUAUCCGUAAUCCGUAUAGGCUCUUGGUCGAAGGCUAAGCCCAAAUUCAUCAAAAUGAAGCCGGCACCAUUGGUCAAACAUUAAAGUUCAAGCCCACGAAGCCCAAUAUCCAUGGAUUCGACUUCUCAAAAUUUAUCACGCCUAAUUAAGAACAGAGCAAAACGACAAAAGAAAGGCAAGAUGGAAAGGGAAAGAGUGACUAACCGCUACUCGGCAAUGGCUGCCGUAGUUCCACCUGUGGUGUGGUGGCGUCCAAUUCAGGCAGAAGCGCACUAUUUUGGCACCCUCUCAGCCUCAGGGACACAUUCUCCGCUACCGGUUCAUGCCUUCGCUCCACUUGGAAACAAUCAGAUACGAGUUUCAACUGUUUGCAGCUGAACUCGACGAGGAAGUUUGCUGUGCGUGCCGGCCAGGAAGUAGGUGGUGCGAGCUGCGAGAAUGGAGUCGAAAGGGGCUUCUUUAGGCUUUAAAGCUCCUAAAUUUGAGGUAAUCAUGCAAUCUCUCGCUUACCCACUUCGUUUCCCUAUGCUAAUUGGAGUAUGCUCCUUGUCAUUUCCCCUUCUUUUGUUUUUGUUUUGAUUUCAUGGUGUUUAUCCAUAUACAGCUGCCAGAGCCUCUCACCGGGAAAACAUGGAAACUUGAAGAUUUUGAGUCAUACCCUGGUUUGUUGGUGAGCUCUUCGUUCCAAAUUUGAAAUGCUCAAUAAUUGAGGGAAUACAAAAAAGAACAUUUUUUGUUUGUAUGCCGUCUUAACCUGAUCAACAUGAAAACCAAAGGCAAUACACUCGUAAAAUAUCAUAAUUGAGAGGCAUUUUGAUGUGGGUAGGGUUGAUUAGGCAAUGAUGAAGUGGGAAAGGAAGGGGUUCUGUUGAGAUAGCUGCUUGAAAUCCCAGAUAACGGUAGUAAAGAUUGGAGUUGAGUGCUGUCUCUCCGACUUGGGUGGAGAAUCCUCUAAAAGAAACAAGCGGAAAGACUCAAAAUUCACUCUGUUCAAUCUCACAAAAUGUCUAGAAUUAACCUCCCAUCGUAGGAGUUACACAAAGGACUAACAUACAUUAGGAAAAUGCUAAAACCUCAACCAAGGCAAAAUGAGUAAACCAAUAAAACUAAAGCAAACUCUAUGCCGCCCCUCUCAUUUAGCAAUUGCAUUUUACAGAACCUUUUUUUUCAUUGUUUUUCCUUUUCAGCAAUUCUCUCCAGAAUGUUUAAUUCCCAGUGAUCAAGAAAAAUCAAACUUAAGAUGGUAAUGGAUGCUUUGUAAAUAUGCAUACUAGGAUUUGGUGCCACAUAUUGUGGCUGUUGUCGGAGAUUUCAGCAUGUAUUCUGGCUAAUCAAUAUUCGGAUUGGGAUUUACUGCAGUAUAAGACCUUAUUUGAAGUAUGAGCAGUUAAUGAUUUGUGAGCAUACUGUGUGCAUGUGAUGUUCAUAUGCAAUCAUUGCCCCUUUGUUAAGCAUUUUAAGAAGGAUAUAGUGAAACUUUCAAAUUUAUAUAUGAAGGUAGCUCAAGUCCUACUCUAGUGUCCAGCUAUUCAUUCGGAAAGGGAUGUGCAUUUGCACAAUGAAAGUUUCUCAUACAUGGAGCAGAAAGGACUUGCUGUCAUUGCAAUUUCUUCAAAUUCUAUUGCUACACACCCACAGAAUGGACCAGAAUCCAUGGCUGAGGAUGCUAAAUUGUUUUAACUAUCCAUUUUCAUAUUUGUAUGACAAGGAUGGGAGGAGACCAUUUGAACUGGUGUAUCAUGGCCAAUUUGAUGACUCCAGAACCAAAAGUAAUGUGCCUGUAACUGGAAGGGACCUAAGCAGAGGGACAGAUAGCAUCCAAAGUGGGCAGCAGUUUCAUAAGUUCAGAAACCAAGUAUCGGGUUCAGCAUAAAGUGGCAUCCUGGGAUGAACUUGUAGUGUUGCAGGGAAAUGCCAAGUGAUUCAGAAGCCGAAGAGUUCAUUCUAGGUACAUUAUUGCCCAUGUUUGAAUUGAACUCCGUGUAAAUUCCACAACUUUUCCAUGAAAUAAGUUAAUUACUGAUGAAGUUUAUGUAUCAUUCUAUUCAAAACUUCAACACUAGGAAAGAACGUGAAUAUGCCUUACAUUUCUGGCACACUUCCCAUCUAUCUUGACAACUCUUUGCCUCUUGAGUAUGUCGAUUCAUCAUCUCAAAGGGGAUCUCUCAUAUCACGACAGUGACCGGAUGCUUGUUGCUGUCAUGCCACUGCUGCAAUCUAUCGAAGUUAGGAGCAAACCCAUGGACAAAAUCUGCAAGGUUGCGGUAAGAUGUGUCUGCAAAUUUGAGCACCACAGAAAGUGUCUUCCAUAUUCUUAUGGCUCCUGUCACUUUUUUCAUAUAUGUCUUUAGGAAGAGGCAGCAUGCGUUUGCUGAAGGGUGUUUGCUUGGAUAACUUUUGGUUUAGCUUUUAAGUAGCAAUGCAGAAAUUUAAGUUUGUCGAUAGAAAUGACAGAUUAGGGUAGACACUGCUAGAAAUUUUGCAUGCCUUUUCAUUGUGACUAGCACUCUAAUUUUGUCAACUCCCCUGUUACGUCUUGGUGGCUUGGUCCCCCCUUUGGUCUCCAUCUUGAAGCUUUCACAUAUGCUGUAGGAAGGUAGCUACCAGCCCACCACCAUCACCAGAAAUGGGAAAAGACCAACCCAAUCAAUAUUUGGGCGGUUGAGAAGAAGGCACACUUACCAUAUAGAAAAAAGAUAAUGUGACACCAUAUCUCUGAAAAGUCUAUAUUGUGGCCACUUGAUCCCUCACUAUCUCAAACCUUCCAAGUGGUGUUUUGGACUUUGGUGGCUGCAAAAUCCUUGCCAUAUCUUUCAUCCUCUUAUUCAUGUAGGUGUUAUGCUGCCAAAGUUGGAAGAAACACUAGUUGAUUUCCUCAGUUUCAAAGUUUGUUUCGAAUGAAUGAGAUCAGAACUGGGGAAAGGAAGUCUUCUACUGUGUUUGCUUAGGUCAUGAUCCAGUCUUCUAGGCCAUGGUGAACAGGAAAGAUCUCACCUUUCUAAAGACCAUCAGCAAUGCUAAAGAAUGAGUGUUAAACAUGAGGUUUUUAGUCCCAAGAGGAGAGGGGAAAUGGGAAUAGUGGAUUGGAUUUUAGGAAAAUAAAUUUAGGGUGGAUUUUGUCACUUUAUUUAGGUAAUUCGGUCAUUAUUUUUUAUAUACAUAGCAUGGUAAAGGAAACCGUACCGGAAGUCAUACCGGCUCCGCCAGUGGUAGGGUAUUUUGUGGUACUACCGUGGUUCAAUCGUUGUGUACUGGCAAAAUACCGUUUUUGUAAAUAAAUAAUAUUUGUUUGUGAAAAAACCGUACCGGCAGAUUUGUGAUACCGUCUCGGAAUAAUACCGGAAUAAAACCGGAAUAUACCGGAUAACAAACCUGAAUAAACUAAAUAAGCAUAUGUAAUAUAAAAUUCAACAAACUGCAACAUUACUGAAUUAACUAGCAGUUGCUCCUUUAUCAACCGAUCCGGCUUCUUUUCCACUAGCCAUUGCUGUCAAAACGAAUGAACAAAUAGAUUGAUCAACUUCCUUCCUUACAGAAACGGACAGGGCUCAAACGAAUGAACAAAUAGGCUUAAUUGAA